CACUAUGGCCAUCGUUUUGGGUUAUUGGGACAUUCGCGGGCUGGGUCAUGCCAUCCGCCUGCUCCUGGAAUACACAGAAUCAAACUAUGAGGAAAAGAAGUACAUUGAGGGGGACGCUCCCAACUAUGACAAAGGCCACUGGCUGAAUGAGAAAUUCAAGCUGGGCCUGGACUUUCCCAAUCUGCCCUACUUAAUUGACGGGCCUCACAAGAUCACCCAGAGCAACGCCAUCAUGCGCUACAUUGCCCGCAAGCACAACAUGUGUGGGGAGACAGAAGCAGAGAAGAUUCGUGUGGACAUCUUGGAGAACCAGAUUAUGGACACCCGCCUGGAGCUGGCCAGGGUGUGCUACAGCCCUGACUUUGAGAAGCUGAAGCCUCAGUACUUGGAGGGACUCCCUGACAAGAUGAGGCUCUUCUCACAGUUCCUGGGGAAGCGGCCAUGGUUUGCAGGGGACAAGAUCACCUUUGUGGAUUUCCUUGCUUAUGAUGUCCUCGACCACAACCGUAUCUUUGAGCCUAAGUGCCUGGACGCAUUCCCAAACCUGAAGGACUUCAUGGCCCACUUUGAGGGCCUGAAGAAGAUCUCCGCCUACAUGAAGUCCAGCCACUUCCACCCAACUCCUAUAAAUAUGAAGAUGGCCCUGUGGGGUAAUAAGUAG